UACCAUACAACAACACAUCGGGCAUUCCUGUGAAACAGGCACUCUUUGUACUUCCAAAGCAUUGAGUUGCACCAAAUUCACUCCAUCAUCCGUAGAUGAUCAGAUUACACGCGACCAGACUCCUCAACAACCGAAACGAAAUUGGCUGGUGGUGCAAACAGAGGCGAGCGGGGACAGCUAGAGCUGGGUCAAUCCAGGGGGCGAGCAUCAAUUAGAAGUCCUCGUGGGCUUGCUUGCUGCUGUUGGCAUCCUUUAGCAUCUUGCGGCAGAUAUGGCGACGUCUUUGGCAGCUGAGCAGCCAUUAUUGGCUUCUCAGCCAGAUCUGGCGUCUCCCGACCAGAAUGACCCAUUCGUCUCCUCAUCAACAGCCUCGAGUCACCACAGAUUUUCACCUUUCGAUGGUCAAUUGUUUGCUUCCGGUCCGACUACGUCUCCAGAACAAGCGAAACGUGCGUUGGAGGCACAUCUGGCCGAGACAGAGCGACGUAUACAGGACACAUCGAGACUGGGAACAAGACUUGUACAAGAACGCCAAGAUUUAGCAGACCGCUUGAAGGAAGUGGAGAAGCAACAGUCCGACUCGGAGCUCACACCAGAGCUACGGCAGAAGAUCAUCGAGAUUGAGAAGGAGUACAACGAACUGGGCCGUGAGACCGCCAGAGCCUUUCUCCCGAAAUCUAGAGUGCCGAGUAAUGAGCUGGGAGGAGGCGGAUCACCAUACACAGGUGGUGAUACAAAGCGUUCUGCCAGUCCUUCGAAAUUCGAAAGUCAAGGAACCAGUUCUCCCUCGAAACUCGGCGUGCCCAAUCGAAAGCAACGCAAUCAACCUUCGAAUCGUGUUCAUGACAUCGAGUUUGUUACCGAAAUCAGUACUUCUCUCAUUGCACAGCUCCGGCAUGUGCAAACUCAACUAGCAGAGAGGGACGACGAAUUGAGGAGUCUUACUCUGGAAAAGUCGAGACUGGAGAUCGAGGCUGAAGGUUUCAAUCAGCGCCUGAGAAGUUUGGACGAGAGUGAGCACAGAUACAAGGACGAGAAUUGGAACCUUGAGACACAGAUCCACGAGUUUCUAGCAGCCGCGAAAGAGGCAGCAGACCGCGAGAAGAAGCUCACCCAGAACCUCAACAUUUUGCAGACCGAGAAGAGCGCUGCACAAAAAGAGCUGGAUGACAUCAAGCUAAGUCAUGCAAAGCUCAGUGAAGAUCAUGCUGCGGUUAUCAAGCACCAUGAUGCUGAACUGGGCACCGUUAAGCGGAGUAUGACAAUGGCCGAGACUGAACGAAACACUUUGCAACGCAAGGUCGAAGACUUGACGAAUCAGAAUCAAGAAUUGGCCAAAGCUGUUGCUCACCAACGAGGUAGACUGGAAGACAGAGACCAAGGCCGCGGGUUCAGCGACGAAGAUUUCGAGACUGCACCAGACAAUGCUACCCCUGAACAUUCUCCACCACCCUCUCCUGUAAAGGGUACACCUCGACACAGCAUGCUGGAGUCAGAAACGCUCAAGAGCUCUUUGCACCAUGCGCACCGCAUGAUCCAGAGCUUGAAGGGCAAUAUUCAUAGAGAGAAGACCGAGAAGCUUGAGUUGAAGCGAAUGCUGCAGGAUGCUCGAGACGAAUUGGAUGCUCGCCGUAGCGACUUGGGUUCUGGUAAUGGAAAGAGAAAUCGUAAAGUGGACUCCAGAGAAUUCAAGAAGCCCCUCAAGCCUGGUCAACUCGGAGGACUUAGAAACAGCCGAAGCGAAGUCUCUAUUCUGGACGAUCCAAAUUGGGAGGAAGACGAUGGACAGGCCAGCCCCAGCCAUACAGCAGUCACAGCAGCUCGCAUUGCAGCUGGCGCAGCUGCCGGGGGUGUUGCUGCAAAGUCUUCUGCUACAUCCAGCGAUCACUUUGAAACUGCUCCAGAAAACGACACUAGCGAUGCCUUUGAGACUGCAAACGAGCGUGCCACCGAGACCGAGGAUUUCCAAACUGGUGUCGAAGACAUCAGUGGCAGCGACGAGCUUACAGAGACGGAAGGAGGCCCAAGUGUUCCUCGCCAACGGCCUACACCUCUCUCCUUGACGAAGGUUGGGAACCGCCAAUCUUUCCGCAGUACCGCCUCAACUUCUGGCGACGAGUACGCAUAUGAUGAGGUGAAGACUCCAACGGCUCAACAACCACAACGACUCCGACUGAAAGUCAGUCGAGGUGGUAAUCGACGUUCCAGAGCGGUUAGCGAAGAGCCUCAAUUCCAAAGCAGUCCCGCAAGCUUUGCUAAUAGCAGUAAUAAUGGCACUCCUCAAGUAGGCCAGAGCUUGUUUGCAGAACUUGGGGAUAUGAGUGACGAGGACGAUUCGAUGCAGGGCACUCCAAGCCGCUUCCGUUCGCGAUCUAACACCUCUUCAAGGCCCAGCACUGCUAAGGGGAUGCCGGCUCCUUACGAAUUUGUCCCUCCAGUACCAAAACUGCCGAUGAUUGAUUCUAGCAUGAUGACUGAGCCUUGGGAACCUACGCCAGCCACUCCUCACACUGCUGUUCCUCUUGCUGAUGGAGCCAACCUAGGUGGAGUCGCUCUAGCUGAGGCUGUCCACCUGAUGCAUGACGAUUCUACUAAGCCUGGACUAUUACGACAAACAAGUGAUAUGCAAACCUCAACAGACCCGGCAUCUGAAUACUCUUCGACUGAUAAACACACGUCAACAGAUUCGGAGCAGGCAAUGGAGCGCUUGAUGCAAGAUAUGCAUACUUCAACAGACCCAGAACCUAAAACCCAGAUGUCUGACGCAGCGAUCCAAUGGCACGAUGAGCAGCUCAACAAUCUUCUGAAAGUUGAUAAGGAAGAAAGAUCAAGACCGAUUUCAGCUUCUACACUCAGCGACGCAGAGUCGCAAUAUGAUACUGUCAUCAUGGACGAAAAGCUCAAAAAGUUCCCAUCGCCACCAUCAUCCCGUGCACAUACUCCAAUGGCCAGCCUCGCUGGUCUCGAAGCGAUGUCAAACCCGCUCACUAUGUCCAAUAUCGUCUCCGAACACUUUGAGCCUUCGGAGCCCGAAUCUCCUAUCAUUCCACAAACAUUACCAGAACCCACUCCCAAACCCACUCUUGCACCUGCUUCGUUGGUCUUCUCGUCGAUUCAUUCUGUUGACACAGAGCCAAUAUCACCCAGAAGCCCUCGCCGUGAUGCAGUCAUUAUACCUAGAGACGAAUCAGAUUCGGACGAUGGGGUGGUGGUAAACCCUGAACAGUCAGAACCAACAACACCGAAGGCCACCUUCCUUGGAUCUGUCUUUGGUUGGAACAAGGGCAAAUCACCUGCAACGCCAGUCAUCGCAGAAGAUGAGACUCGUCAAUCACCGAGCGAUUCACCGAUGGUUGAAACACCUGAAUCUCAGCGUCCUUUCAAGGAAGUGUCUAGCAAUCCUCAUGAACGUGUUGCGAAGAAGUCACGUACUGAGACCAUCGAUGAGAGUUCACAGACUGCUUUGACUGCAGAGCAAAUCGACGAGAUGAUGAGAAGCAAGCGAAAAGACACCAUUGUCGCUCAAGAUGCACAGAGAGUUGCAUCUCCACCUCGUGGCAUCAUGACCAAUUUGAAAGCCCGUCAGUCUCAAGAAAGCAUUGGGAGUGUUGGCCGUGCGAGAUCCAAGAUGGCAGAGCCUGAUUAUAUCCACGAUAGUACCACUCCAUUGAAGAGACCUGGCAGUGCAGGUAGUCGCAAUAAUUCCAUGUCAAGCACACACCCACCUCUGCCCACAGAUCAUAAGCAAGUAAUUGCUGCUGCUGCGCAAAGAUCUGGAUCAUCUGGUGGUGGCCCGGGCAGCAUGGGACCUCCGUUGAUGCCAGCUUCUGCUUACAAGAGUAACCCCUCCUUCCGACCCAGAACUCCAAGCUCCCAGCCACCUUUAAGUCCUGGCUCAAUUAGAGGCGGCACGACUCCUCGACCUAUGCAUUCUUCUGGAACUGCUGACAUCCAUUCGCCUACCCGUACUGGUCGGUCUCGAACCUCGUCAGUAUCUUCUUUUGUAUCAGAGAUUGACACUCGCUUUAACAUGAGAGCCGGAAUGCCCCCUGGCAUUGACCCCAGCACUGAUCCCAGAAUGAUCAACGCAAUUACCCAAACCAUGAUCGGAGAAUAUCUCUGGAAGUACACUAGAAAAGCAGGACGUGGAACUAUGUCGGAAAACAGGCACCGACGUUAUUUCUGGGUCCAUCCUUAUACUAGGACACUUUACUGGAGUGACCGUGAUCCGUCAUCUGCAGGCCGGGCUGAGUUGAAAGCAAAGAGCGUGCCAAUCGAAGCUGUUCGAGUCGUAACUGACGACAACCCUAUGCCCCCUGGUCUGCACCGCAAGAGUUUGGUCAUCAUGACACCGGGUCGAUCGGUCAAAUUUACAGCUACUACCGGGCAACGCCAUGAGACUUGGUUCAACGCUUUGUCAUAUCUGCUGUUGAGAACUGGUGAAGAUGCUGUUGCGGAUACGGACCAAGUUGCUAAUGGCGCGCUGACCUCUGAAGACGUUGCUGAGUUCAAUCCUGGAUAUGGUGGCUCCGGUACAGCUCGCCCUGGCCCUCCAUCUCUAUCAUCUUACAACAGUCGCACUACAAGAAAUGAAUCUCCUAUGCGCAAGAGCUCCCGUUUGUCAAUGCAACCUCAACUGGCUUCUACCUCUUCACGUCCUUCGGCGGGGACAUUUUCGCGGCUGAGCAGUUAUUGGAAGCCCGGAAAGGAAGGAUCAGCUGGCAUUGGAAGCUUUUCUAGUCGUCGAAGCCGACACAGCAUUAGUGGCACUGGGAGUAUAUAUGAGGCUAGCGAGGUCCAUGACAGUGCUGAAGAUUUGAGAGAGAUCAUCGAAAAGCAGGAUAGAGAGUCUGGCAGGCUCGAGAAUGUCAGAGCUUGCUGCGAUGGUAAACAUGAUGUUGGCCACCUACACCAUUCUUCCACCAAAAGCCGUCAUCAGCUUCCUAUCGGUCCGGCUUCCGCCUCCAAAGAACCAGCCUCUACACGCAACGAAAGUAGAAGCAGCGUAUUACGACGCACAGACUAAGUGCAAUACCAACAACCACAUCCCUACCUAGGGCUCUCCUUCACGAUGUUAUGUCUUUCCUUCCAAUCUGAAUCAAAUCGCAAUCUACGGA